AGAGUCCUUUUUUAUUUGCUUCGUACAAUACUGAGUACGUGAUCUCGAGUAAAUUUGGACAUCAAGCAAACCGACCUGCAUCUUUCGAUCAAGCACCUGAACACUUCGCAACAUGGCCAGUACUAGCCCAACCAUAUCGUUGUAUCUAAACGGUAGUCUUUCUUUCCAACUUGGCCACAAAGGCACCUCAGGCACCAUACCUACACUACAGGUUCAGAUGCACGAUGCCUCUCAUGCUGCUACGUUAGUCAUCCCAGGUUAUCAAUCAUCGACCAACACCUUCAAUCCUGUUCUCGCCUUACAAGGAGGCCUGUUUGACCUCUUCGAUGUGGGCACGGAUUCACAGAUCUCGAUCCCUUCCAGCGACCAGGAACCUGGCAGACUAGUCGUCGAAGCUGGAGCACGAAACCGAUGGUUUGAUCUCAGAAUCGAUACGCGUGGGGACUUCUGGACACAACUUCUCACACCGGGUCAUAACUAUGAGAUACGCUGGCGGAAUGAUGGAAACUUUCCAUGGGCAUAUCGUGGAAAUAGUCAUGAAGAGUCUCAUGAGCGCCUACCAGUGCGUCUCCUACCACGACCGAUCAAGUUCAAUGUGUUUGACGAUGCUGCAUCACCACUGCAGCUCUCGAUCUCAUUGCAACCAACAGCGGAUACUUGCCGCCUAAGUGGCGAGCCACGCUUCGGCUUCAAGCUUCAAGUUGUGUCGCAUGAUGAGAAGACCAUUACAGUGUGCUUGCACAAGACACCGCUCAGAGAGCUUCACGGGUUGGGGGAAAUCGCACACGUCGUCGAUGAGGACGGCGAAGAGGUAGAGUGGCCGUACGGUAUAGGUUGUUUUGAGGGCAGAGAGCCUUUCCCUUCUGACGAUAUGUUCGAGGAACUCAAGCCCAACGUACCAUAUGAAAAGACGUUUUGGCUUGAAAAGCUGGACAGAGAGACUUCAAAUGGAGGAGAGUUGGAGGAGCUAGAAAGCGGCCAAUUAUAUACUGGUAAGGUCAGUAAGACAUUGCUUGGGGCGUUUUCGAAGUGGAAGCGAGGAACAAAAGAGGAGUUGCUGGCUGGCGAAGAGAAAGACAAGGAAGCAAGGUGGAGAGGGAGUAGUGAGCAGAUGCUUCUCGACGUCUCGGGUCCGUUCAAGUUCAAAGCGAUCUAGACUGUGGAAGUCCCACAAGAUGCGAUUGCUAGAUGAAAAUUCGAGGUAUACAUUUUUUUAACCG